AUGAUAAGAUCAACAAAUUAUGACCCAAUAUCAGACCCGGCAUACAAGGCACCCCGCAAAGUCGUGUCGAACAAAAAGAAGAGGUCGGUUUUGCUAACUGCAGUGCUAACCUCCGUUAUUAUGCUCUUGUGCAUGCAGCUUUUGGUCCCAGGAUCAUUGGCUUUUGAGCACUCCAGAAAAACAAAUAAAAAGAAUGUCAUUUUUUUCGUUACUGAUGGAAUGGGUCCGACUUCAUUAUCCUUAGCAAGAUCCUACAGACAAUUUAAAUACAACUUACCAUACAAUGAUGUUUUGACCUUGGAUAAACAUUUGAUAGGCUCCUCUCGGACAAGAUCCAGUGAUUCGUUAGUCACUGAUUCAGCUGCGGGCGCCACAGCCUUCGCAUGUGCUUUAAAGACGUAUAAUGGGGCCAUCGGUAUUUACCCAGAUACACAGCCUUGUGGAACAAUUUUGGAAAGUGCAAAAUUAAACGGUUACAUGACUGGUUUGGUUGUCACAACAAGAAUAACGGACGCAACACCUGCUUCCUUUAGUGCCCAUGUCAACAUGAGGUCCCAAGAAGAUCAAAUCGCUUUGCAGCAGCUAGGCCACUAUGUAUUGGGAAACAUGGUAGACUUGAUGAUAGGUGGUGGUAGAACACAUUUUUAUAGUGGAGAAGUUGAAUCUCUUAAUAUUACAAAUGGUGCUAGGAAAGAUGGUAGAAAUUUGAUUACGGAAUCAAUCGAAAAUGGAUGGCAAUACGCCGGAAACAAAAAAGAAUUCGAUAGCUUGGAUGGUGGUAAAAAUGUUUCAUUACCAUUAUUAUGUCUAUUAGCUGAUGACAACAUUCCAUUCGAUGUUGACAGAGACGAAAAUGAAUUUCCAUCCAUAAAAGAACAAGCAAUGGUAGCCAUUAACGCAUUACACGAGGGUACAAAGGAUUCGGAAGAAGGUUUCUUUUUAAUGAUCGAAGGUUCAAGAAUUGAUCAUGCAGGCCACAACAAUGAUCCCGCUGCUCAAGUAAGAGAAGUAUUAGCCUUUGACGAAGCUUUUAAGGCAAUUAUUGAUUACGCAGAUUCUAGUGAUGUUGAUACCAUCAUCUUGUCAACCUCAGAUCAUGAAACUGGUGGACUAGUUGCUGCCAGACAAAAUGAAAAAGAUAUGAUUGAAUACUUAUGGUACCCAGAGAUUUUAGAUAAUGCCAAACAUUCUGGUGAAUAUUUGGCUCAAAAAAUCUCAACUUUCUACAAAUCCAAUUCAUUGAAUAGUGACAAGGAUGACGUAAAUAAAUCUAAAUCUAAUUUCAUUAAACAUGAAAUUUUGGAAAAGGAACUUAACAUCAAGGACUACACAAAGGAAGAUAUUGCGGAGCUCCUUUCGUAUGGAAAUGAUUUCAUGAGUAUCCAUUACAAGCUAAACGACAUGGUCUCUAUGAGAGCUCAUGUUGGUUGGUCCACACAUGGACAUUCUGCGGUUGAUGUCAACAUAUAUGCUUAUUCAAAUAACAGACAACUUUGGCAUGAUAUUUUAGAUCACUUACAAGGUAAUCACGAAAAUAUCGAGAUAGGGACAUAUAUGGCAAAAAUUAUGAAUCUCGACCUCGAAAAAGUUACUGACUUAGUCAAAGAUGUUGAGCAUGAUCCACCAAAGGAUUUUGUCUCCGAUUUAUCUGCAUAUGUCGAUCAAUAUCAUCACAAAGUUAUUUGA